AAGCACUCCACGCAGUUCUCACAAUAGGAGUCGGUGCUCUUGCGAACGCCCCAGCACACCAUGCUGAAAUUCAAAAGGCACCUGAUCAUGAAAUUGAAACUGACACACAAUCACCUAGGACGACUCUGGAUUUCCCUCACCCUCGUUACCAUCCUGUGUGUUACUCUUCAAAUUGUGGGGAAUCUGCAACCUACCCGCAACUGCAGGUGUGACCAGAAACUCAAGCAACUUGUCCUCCAGCAAACCACUGGCCAUGAGAACUUGUUCCAGCAGGAGAAGGGGACAAGCUCUGGCCACCAAUUUCCUGAACCUUUGGAAAGUGGCAUCCCACAAAACAGGCAGAAAAAAGUCAUGGCCAAGCCCAGGUCUGCUGAAAACAUUCUGCACAUCACAGAACUGGGCCAGACGUUCAGCCAGACCCAGGCCAGCACCUUGGACAGCCAAGACGGGGUCUGGAAGAAUAGUCAUGGAGAAGACAGCGAGGAUGUGUGGAUCCUUCACACAACCAAGAGACUGAAAUCCCAGCCCCAGGUAUCUGAAAGGGCACUCAAAAGGGAUCAUAUGGAUAGAACUGUGACCCCACCUCCAAGCAGGAAGCCCAUGACUAAGGCUGGAGAUCCCUUCAACAAGAAGCCAGAAUCUACAGCAGAGAUCAUUGCCAAGGAGCAAACUUCAAGGUCACCAUUUGGGAAGGUUGCAGGGUCAUUCCAGAGCCAGGCAGAAGCCACAGGCUCCCCCAGCCACAGGAGGGGCAGCUCUUCCACACCUGCUACAACAGCUGCCCCAGCACCAGAUUGGGUCACAAAGGUAGAGAAGCGAAAUGAGGCGGCAUCAUGGAGCACGGACAGAGAGUCGCUUCAGAGCAAAACCACAGUUCCCAGGGCUGGAGGAGCAGGAGGAGAUGCACUUGCCCACAGCCUGCCAGCUAUAUCCGACUCUUCUCACACAGCAGCCUGCAAGCCCAAGACCCAUGUGGUGUUCCUGAAGGUGCACAAGAGCGCCAGCAGCACCGUCAUGAACAUCCUGUUCCGCUUUGGUGAGAUGCACAACCUCAACUUCGCCCUUCCCGUCAACGGUGCCAGCCAGCUGGGCUACCCAUACUACUUCCUGGCAGAGUCUGUGGAGGGAUUCACCGCAGGCAAUACUUCAGAGUUUAACAUCAUGUGCCACCACAUGAGGUUCCAGCAGGUACAGGUGCAGAGAGUGAUGCCAAGCUCCACCUUCUACUUCUCCAUCCUGCGGAACCCCAUCCACCUCAUGGAGUCUUCAUUCACCUACUACAAAGGCAGCUCCCCCUUCUCCCAUGCCCAGAGCCUGGAGGAGUUUCUCAGCCAGCCAGCCAGGUUUUAUAACGCCUCAGCCCCUGACAGCCACUAUGCCAAGAACCUCAUGGCUUUCGACUUCGGCUUCAACCACAACGGCAAUUUCUCUGCCAAGCACAUGCAGCUGAUGCUGCGGUACAUCGAGGAGGCCUUCGACCUGCUCCUCCUCUCCGAGUACUUCGACGAGUCCAUGGUGCUGCUGAAGGAAGCACUGUGCUGGGACCUGGACAGCAUUGUGUCCUUCCCACUCAACAGCAGGGAGAGAAGCACCAGGUCACCCCUUUCAGAGAGCACGGCAGAGAAGAUAAAGAGCUGGAACAAGCUUGACUGGGCAAUCUACAGACACUUCAACAGGACCUUCUGGCAGAGGAUUGACUGGAGCAUGGGCCAGGAGCGCAUGCAGCAGGAAGUGAGGGUUCUGCGGGAAAGGCGGGAGCAACUGGCCAAGACCUGCCUUCAAGGGGGGGGCAGUGUAGGCCCCCACAAGCUCAGGGACAAGUCACUGGCACCGCUGCAGUAUGGCAAGGCCAAAAUUCAAGGCUAUAAUCUGAAGCCAGGGCUGGACAAGGUGAUGGGGCAGCUGUGUCGGCGCAUGGUGACACCUGAGCUGCAGUACAGCAGAUUCCUGUACAGGAGACAGUUCCCUGAGAAGGCCCAGCGGAUCUACAAACCAGCUCAUCCACCCAGGAUACACAACAGGACAAUGGGCUGAGAAAGUAAAAGCACAACGGCCUGCCCCAAACAUUUGCCCCUGCUCCCGGUCUCUCCCUGAAACCCCCGUUGGUGGGCAGAACAUAAUGCAAUUCAGCCAGCAGAACCUCAUGGAGCCACACCAGAGAGGGUCACUAUCUCCAUCCAUAUCUGUAUUGCUGGUGAGGCAGGGGAGAAGGUAAAACCAGGCCCAUCUACAUCAGGCUGAGGUGAAGCUGACAGGUUGCCAACCCGGAUGCAGCUGCUUUGCAGCCUCAGAGCCAUUUCAGUUAAACUGUUCAAAUUCUAGUAGGUAAAAAAAGUGUAGAUCUGGAGCAGACGUUAUAUUCUGUGGAGUUUGGGGUCACACAGGGCAGCAAGGCCUCAGGAGAGAGCAAGAUAACAGAUCUUUGGCUCUGGAGCACACUCUGUGUAUUAAUUAUUUGUAUUGUCGUAGCUCCUAGGAACCCCAGCCAGGGACCAGGUCCACCACUGUGCUGGGUGCUGUACAAACUCUGAACAAAAAAGCAUCAGACGAGACAACUGGUGGACACUGUGACUGGUUGGACCCCCUUCUGGGGUGCCAUCUGAUGUACUGAGAUUUCACUGAGCCUUUCUUGCUCAACCAGCCAGGGUUCCCUCUCCUAGCUUUGCUAAAUUAGGCUCUCUGGCCUUCUGCAGGUAGGGAGACACCCCACUGCAGUCACAGACGGAAGUCAGCUCUGUAUGAGAGGACUCCCCCAGCACUCACAUGCACAUUCCUUUUGGGAGAUAAACCCAAAAUAAUACUGUCUUGCACUGUAUAGAAAAAUCUGCGCAGCGCAAGCUCAUAAAAAUCCGCAAUGUGAAGAGAGAUGUGCAUGACUUCUUGCUGCUCCCCCAGUGAGAAGACUGUUCCAGCUGAUGGCUGCAAGCCUGUCACAGACAUGUCAGGAAUAGAUCCUGCUCUAGGGAGCAUAGAGGUUUGUGUCUCGGAGGGAAGCCCAGAGAAGAGUGUUGGAACCUUAGAAUCCACAGAGGAGAUGGGUGAGGGUUCCAUUGGGGAAGCUGAGAGGGAGAUGUAUUCCUGGUUUUCUUUUUGUAACUUUAAAGUUUUGCCCAGAGGGA